AUGAUGGUGGAUAAAGGAUUCUGUAAAUGUUUGGAUGGUAAUUUUGGCAUAAGCAUUGUGUGCAUGGAAGGCAAAUCUGUAUCCAGAGUGAAUGUCUAUUCCAGGUCAGAGUUUGCCACUAACUUUGAGGACUUGGACAAGAGGGAAAUGACUGCAGAGGAGAGUUCUGGAGUUGGGGGGAGAGCAGGACUGGAAGAAGACGUUGGCUUUAAAGAACAGGGAAAUAUAGAGACCAUGAAGAAACUGACUCAAAAACAUGAGGCAAACGGAUGCCAGCUGCAAGCUCGGGCGUCCCCACCUUCGCUCCCUCACUUCCGACCUGUUGACAACUGCUACUGCUUUGGGUUGGUAAUUCAGUACAAUGCCUCCCAGAACUCACGGAAGUGCUGCACUGAUGAUUACAGCUUUGUCCCAGCAAAAAAGCACAUAAGAACCAGUUACAUUCGAGGAUAUCACUGUGGUGUCACGGAGGCAGAAUGGAAGAGGCUGAGCUCUGAGCAGAAGGACCUGUACAAAGAAGUGAUGCUGGAGAUUUAUAGGAAUCUGCUGUCAUUGGGCUUUAGCCUUAAGUUAGAUCUCAUCAAACACCAGAGGAGACACUCAGAUGAGAAGGCUUAUGUUUGCAGUGAGUGUGACCAAGGCUUUAGCUGUAAGUCAAACCUCAUUACACAUGAGAAGACACACUCAAAUAAGAGGUCCUAUUUUUGCAGUGAGUGUGGCCAAUGCUUUAGCCACAAGUCAACUCUCAACAGAAACCAGCAGACACACUCAGGUGAGAAAACUGACAUGUGCCUGGAGUAUGGGCGAGGCUUUAACAGCAAAUUAAAUGCCAUCAGACAUGAGAGGACACACUCAGGUGAGAAGCCUUACAUGUGCAUGAAGUGUGGGCAAAGCUUUAAUCGGGACUCAAGCCUCCUUAAACACCAGAGGACACCCACAGGGGAGAAGCCAUAUGUGUGCAUGGAGUGUGGGCGAGGCUUUAGUCACAAGUCAACUCUCAUUGGACACCAGAGGACACACUUAAGUGAGAAACCUUCUGUGUGCCUGGAGUGUAAGCAAGGCUUUAAGUGGAAAUCAGGCUGCCUUGUCCACCAGAGAACACACUCUGGGGAGAAGCCAUAUGUUUGCAGGAAGUGUGGGCGAAGCUUUAGCCAAAAGUCAGGCCUCAUUGGACAUCAGUGGACACACACAGGGGAGAAGCCUUAUGUUUGCAGUGAGUGUGACCAAGGCUUUAUCCAAGAAUCAGUCCUCAUAAACCAGAAGACACAUUCAGGGGAGAAGCCUUAUGUUUGUAGUGAGUGUGGCCAAGGUUUUAGCUGGAAAUCAGUUUUCUUUAUGCACAAGAGGACAUACUCAGGAGAGAAGUCACAUGUGUGCAAGGAGUGUGGGCAAGGCUUUAGCCACAAGUCAACUCUCAUCAGACACCAGAGGGCACACUCAGAAGACACACUUGGGGGAGAAGCCAUAUGUGUGCAAGGAGUGUGGCAGAGGCUUAACUGGAAAUCACACCUCCUUAUACACCAGCGGACACACUCAGGGGAGAAGCCAUAUGUGUGCAAACAGUGUGGGCGAGGCUUUAGCCACAAAUCAACUCUUGGCAGACACCAGAGGACACACUCAGGUGAGAAACCUUAUGUGUGUCCGGUGUGUGGUGGAGACUUUAGUCAGGAAUCAAGCCUCUUUACACACCAGAGGACACACUCAGGGGAGAAGCCAUAUGUUUGUAAUGAGUGUGGUCGAGGGUUUAAUUGGAAAUCAGUCUUGCUUAUGCACCAGAGGACACACUCAGGAGAGAAGCCAUAUAUGUGCAAGGAGUGUAGCCGAGCCUUUACCCAGAAGUCAGGCCUCCUUCACCACCAGAUGAGACACUCUAGGGAGAAGCCACAUGUGUGCAAGGAGUGUGAGCGAGUCUUUUACCUGGAGUCAAGUCUCCUUAUGCACCAGAGGACACAUUCAGGGGAAAAGCCAUAUGUGUGCAAGGAGUGUGGCCAAGGCUUUAACCGCAAGUCAAAUCUUAUCACACACCAGAGGACACACUCAGGUGAGAAACCUUACGUGUGCCUGGAGUGUGGGUGAGGCUUUAUCCAGAAUUCAGGCCUGAUCAGACAUGAAAAGAUACACUCACAUGAGAAGCCUUACAUUUGCAUUGAGUGUGGCCAAGGCUUUAGCAGGAAGUCAGAUGUCAUCAGACAUCAGAAGACACACUCAGAUGAGAAAUCUUAUUUCUGCAGUGAGUGUGGCCAGUGCUUUAGCCACAAGGCAGCUUUCAUCCGGCACCAGAGGACACACUCAGGUAAGAAACCUUAUGUGUGCCUGGAGUGUGGGCGAGGCUUUAACCGGAAAUCACGUCUACGUAUGCACCACAGGACACACACAGGGGAGAAGCCAUAUGUGUGUAAGGAGUGUGGGCGAGGCUUUAACCAGAAGUCAAAUCUUCUCAGACACCAGAGGACGCAUUCAAAUGAGAAACCUUACAUGUGUCAGGAAUGUGGGCAAGGCUUUAGCCAGAAGUCAGGCCUCCUUUUCCACCAGGGGACACGCUCAGAGGAAAAGCCCUAUGUUUGCACUGAGUGUGGUCAAGGCUUUAGCCAGAUGACAAAUCUCAUCAGACACCAGAAAACACACUCAGGUGAGAAACCUUACAUGUGCUUGGAAUGUGCACAAGGCUUUAGCUAG